CGGAGUCAGAACUGCGUCUCCCGACCCAGGUGCGGGUUGCUGAAGGAGAACGAGCGAGCGAUGCUGCCGCCGCCGCUUCCUGAUUGGCUGCGGGUAGCUCCCUUUGCGUUCUGAUUGGCAGCUAGUGAACUGGAUGAUGCUGAGCAAGGGCCUGAAGCGCAAGCGGGAGGAGGAGGAGGAGGAGGAGAAGGAAGGCCUGGCAGUGGAUACCUGGUGGCUGGAUCCUGGCCACCCAGCAGUGGCACAGGCACCCCCAGCUGCGGCCUCCAGUUCCCUCUUUGACCUUUCAGUGCUCAAGCUCCACCACAGCCUGCGGCAGAGUGAGCCGAACCUGCGGCACCUGGUGCUGGUAGUGAACACGCUGCGGCGCAUCCAGGCGUCCAUGGUGCCCACAACUGCCCUGCCACCUGUGCCCAGCCCGCCUGCAGCCCCUGGCGUGGCUGACAAUUUGCUGGCCAGCUCGGACGCCGCCCUCUCAGCCUCUGUGGCCAGCCUUCUGGAGGACCUAAGCCAUAUUGAGGGCUUGAACCAGGCCCCCCAGCCCCUGGCAGAUGAGGGACCACUGGGCCGUCCAGUUGGGGGAGCCCCACCCACCCUGGGUGCCUUGGACUUGCUGGGCCCAGCCACUGGCUGUCUCCUAGAGGAUGGGCUCGAGGGCCUGUUUGAGGACAUCGACACCUCUAUGUAUGACAGUGAACUUUGGGUGCCAACCUCUGAGGGCCUCAAACCUGGCCCUGAAGAUGCGUCAGGCAAGGAGGAAGCUCCAGAGCUGGACGAGGCUGAGCUGGACUACCUCAUGGACGUGCUGGUGGGCACGCAGGCACUGGAACGGCCACCGGGGCCAGGGCGCUGACCCCAGGGCUGGGAGGGUUGUCUGGUGACUAAACUGAGAGUUGGUGGCUGAACCAACUUUCCUUGGAAAGAUACAGCUAGCUUCCCUGGAACAGAGAUGGGGGUUUUGGAGAGACAGAAUCAGCCCUGGGCAGCUUCACCUCUGUCCCCUUGUCUCAAACUAAUGGGAGGAGUUUGGGAUCGGACCUUAUGAUGGAAUGACAGAGCCUGGUGGCUGGAUUGUGAUUGGACCAGGCCUAGUAUUGGACUGACUCCCCUGAGGUAUGGGUCUCCCUGAUGUGGAAAGAGACCCCAACCAGUUUUUUGAAAUUAAAAACCAGUCCCGGGAAAUCUCAAAUCUGU